GGGGCGAGAGAGCGCCAUGGCGGCCGCUGUGGCGGCGGCGCCCGCUGCCCGCGCCGCGGCGAGGUGAGAGGGUUGCCUCUUCUCCACGGCUGAGGAGGCCACGGCUGCCCGCCUGCCUUCCACGCGGGCCGCGGCUCCGGCAUGGCCGGGAUCAUUAAGAAGCAGAUCCUGAAACACCUGUCCCGGUUCACUAAGAAUCUUUCCCCAGACAAAAUCAACUUGAGCACUCUGAAAGGGGAGGGUCAGCUGACCAACCUAGAGCUGGAUGAAGAGGUUCUACAGAAUGUGCUGGAGUUGCCCACCUGGUUAGCCAUUACUCGGGUCUACUGCAACAAGGCCUCCAUCCGGAUCCAGUGGACAAAGUUGAAGACACACCCAAUUUGCUUGUGUCUGGAUAAGGUAGAAGUGGAGAUGAAGACCUGUGAGGAUCCUCGGCCCCCCAAUGGACAGUCUCCCAUUGCCCUGGCUUCAGGACAGAGUGAAUAUGGCUUUGCUGAAAAGGUGGUGGAGGGGAUGUUCAUCAUGGUCAAUUCCAUCACCAUCAAGAUUCAUUCCAAGGCCUUUCAUGCUUCUUUUGAAUUGUGGCAGCUCCAGGGCUAUAGUGUCAACCCCAGCUGGCAGCAGAGUGACCUUCGCCUCACUCGCAUCACUGACCCCCACCGAGGAGAGGUUUUAACAUUUAAGGAAAUAACUUGGCAAACACUUCGAAUUGAGGCAGAUGCUACAGACAAUGGUGAUCAGGACCCAGUAACCACUCCAUUGAGGCUUAUUACCAACCAAGGCAGAAUCCAGAUAGCCCUCAAGAGAAGAACCAAAGAUUGCAACGUGAUAGCCUCCAAACUGAUGUUCCUGUUGGAUGACCUGCUCUGGGUGCUAACUGACUCACAGCUAAAAGCUAUGAUGAAGUAUGCAGAGUCGCUGAGUGAAGCCAUGGAGAAGUCAGCCCAGCAAAGAAAGAGCCUGGCUCCUGAACCUGUACAGAUCACUCCACCUGCUCCCAGUGCCCAGCAGUCCUGGGCCCAGGCAUUUGGUGGCAGCCAGGCCAACAGCAACAGCAGCAGCAGUCGCCUCAGCCAGUACUUUGAGAAGUUUGAUGUGAAAGAGUCCUCCUACCAUCUGCUCAUCUCCCGCCUGGACCUGCACAUUUGUGAUGAUAGCCAGUCCCGAGAGCCAGGUGUCUCUGCGAACAGACUCACAGGCGGUGCCAUGCAGCUUACCUUCCGCAAGAUGGCAUUUGACUAUUACCCCUUCCACUGGGCAGGCGAUAGCUGCAAACACUGGGUACGGCACUGUGAGGCCAUGGAGACCCGAGGACAGUGGGCCCAGAAGCUGGUGAUGGAAUUUCAGAGUAAAAUGGAGAAGUGGCAUGAGGAGAUGGGUCUGAAACCACCCUGGCACUUGGGGGUAGACUCUCCCUUCCGGAGGAAAGCAGAUUCUCUCUCUAGUCCUCGAAAGAACUCCCUUGAGAGAAGCCCCUCUCAGAAUCGACAGGCUUCCUUUUGGCCUCCAGCAUGGAAUCGCUUGCGCUCUAGCUGCAUAGUAGUACGGGUGGAUGACCUAGACGUCCACCAGGUUUCUACAGCUGGACAGCCAAGUAAGAAGCCAUCUACACUCCUUUCCUGCAGUCGGAAACUCCACAACCUACCCACUCAGGUCUCUGCCAUUCAUAUUGAAUUCACAGAGUAUUACUUCCCAGAUAAUCAGCAGCUUCCAGUUCCUUGUCCCAAUCUCUACAUUCAGUUAAAUGGUCUGACAUUUACUAUGGAUCCUGUGAGCUUGCUCUGGGGAAACCUCUUUUGCCUGGAUUUAUACCGCAGCUUAGAGCAGUUCAAAGCUAUCUACAAGCUGGAAGAUUCAAGCCAGAAAGAUGAACACUUGGACAUCCGACUGGAUGCCUUCCGGUUGAAGGUGAGCUUCCCACUGGAGAAGAGAGAGCAGGCAGAGUUGCAUCGUCCCCAGGCCCUUGUCUUCUCUGCAUCAGGCAUGAUUGCCACCAAUACACGUCAUGCUCCACAUUGUAGCUGCCCAGACCUCCAGAGUCUCUUCCGGGGUUUUGCUGCUACUGAGUUCUUUCAUUCCAAUUAUGAUCACUUUCCUAAGGUUUCAGGUGGCUUUAGCCUUCUGCACAUGCUUUUUUUGCAUCAUGCCUUCCAGAUAGAUUCCCACCUGCUUCAGCCUAGCACCCUUCCUCCCCAAAGGCCUAAGGCUUCCCAGGAUCUCUGGUCUGUCCACUUCACCCAGAUCUCCUUGGACUUUGAGGGAACAGAGAACUUCAAAGGCCAUACCUUGAACUUUGUGGCCCCCUUCCCCUUGUCCAUUUGGGCCUGCCUACCCCUCCGCUGGCAGCAAGCCCAGGCACGCAAGCUCCUUUUGGCCUCAGAGGGGAGGCUGAAACCAUCAGCCAGCUUUGGCAGUCCUGUUCAAUCUGAGGCCCUUGCCCCUGACUCUAUGUCUCAUCAGAGGUCAAAGACUGAGCAUGAUUUGAAAAGUUUAUCAGGCCUUACGGAAGUCAUGGAAAUUCUGAGAGAAGAUAGUAGUGUUGUGGACAACAAAGGGGCCCUGACAGAGCUGGAGGAUGCAGCGGAUGUUCACAUGCUUGUACACUCCCCAGCCCAUGUCCGCAUGAGGCUCGAUCACUACCAGUACUUGGCUCUGCUUCGUCUGAAGGAGGUGCUGCAGGGGCUUCAGGACCAACUGACUAAGGAUACAGAGGCCAUGACUGGGUCUCCCCUGCAGAACCAGACAGCUUGCAUUGGAGUCCUCUUUCCCAGUGCUGAGGUGGCCCUGCUUAUGCAUCCUGCCCCUGGGGCUGUUGAUGCUGACUCUGCAGGUUCAGAUAGCACUAGUCUCGUAGGUUCCGAGCUAUCUCCUUCAGAGGAUCGGGAACUAAAAUCUGAUGCCUCCUCAGACCAGGGACCAGCAAGCCCUGAGAAGGUCCUGGAGGAUGGUAGCAUUGAAAAUCUGGAUGAUUCUCAGGAGAGACUGCAUAGCAAUGAAGAACUGCAUGACUCAGGUCCACUUGCCCAGCAAUUGGCAGGGAAGGACCAUGAGGCAGUUGAGUCCCUACAAGCCAAGAGACUGAGCAGAGCCCAAGCCUCCAGCUCACCAGCUACAUUGAAGCCCCCCGCUGGCAGGGAUGCUGCUGUGAAUGGACAGGGUGAGCUCAUCCCUUUGAAGAACAUCGAGGGAGAAUUGUCAAGUGCUAUUCACAUGACCAAGGAUGCCACCAAGGAGGCUCUACAUGCCACUAUGGACCUCACCAAAGAAGCUGUAUCUCUGACUAAGGAUGCCUUCAGUCUGGGCAGAGAUCGGAUGACCUCUACCAUGCACAAGAUGUUGUCCUUGCCCCCAGCCAAGGAGCCUAUGGCCAAGACAGAUGAGGGGGUGGCAGCCCCAGUGAGUGGAAGUGCUGCCCGACUCCGAUUUUUCUCCAUGAAGAGGACGAUAUCUCAGCAGUCAUUUGAUGGUGUCUCAUUGGAUAGCAGUGGCCCUGAAGACCGGAUUUCAGUGGACAGUGACGGCAGUGACAGCUUUGUGAUGCUCUUGGAGUCUGAGCCUGAUGCAGAAUCUGUUCCACCAGGAUCUCUUCCAAAUGUCUUGGAUGAUGCUGGUGUUCAAGGGAGCCCUGUUGUGGAUAAUUAUGGCCAAGGGUCACCAGAGGCCAACAGUUCAGUUUCACCCAGUGGAGAAGACCUCAUCUUUCACCCGGUCUCAGUUCUGGUCCUGAAGGUGAAUGAGGUGUCUUUUGGGAUUGAGGUACGUGGUGAGGACCUGACUGUAGCCCUGCAAGCAGAGGAACUGACCCUCCAGCAGCUGGGCACCGUGGGACUCUGGCAGUUCCUGCAUGGACAGUGCCCGGGUACAUGCUUUCCGGAAUCCUCAACUUUGAAGAGGGGCCACAACAGGCCAGCUGUGGGGCUUCGCUUUGAGGUGGGGCCUGGUGCAGCAGUACGUUCCCCGCUGGCUACGCAAAAUGGUUUCCUGCAUUUCUUGCUUCAUGGCUGUGACCUCGAGCUGCUCACUUCAGUGCUCAAUGGCCUGGGGCCCUUCUUGGAAGAUGAGGAGAUCCCGGUGGUGGUCCCCAUGCAGAUUGAGCUCCUGAACUCCAGCAUCACCCUAAAGGAUGAUAUUCCCCCCAUCUAUCCAACGUCUCCAGGCCCUAUCCCGAUCACUCUGGCCAUGGAACAUGUUGUGCUGAAGCGGAGUGACGAUGGUGUGUUCCACAUAGGCGCUGCUGCUCAGGACAGACCAUGGGCUGAAGUACCUAAAAGUGAGAAGAGGCCACCCCCCAAAGAACAGAUGUUUCUUGUGCCCACAGGAGAGGUUUUUGGACAGCAGCGCUGUACCUGCAUUCAUAUUGCCCUGCGAUUAACUUCAAGCUGUGUUGAUUGGACAGAAGUUCAUUAGCUAACUCACCUUUACAUGCUGCAAGACUCUGAACAAGAAGUAACAAUACCUCAAGAAAAUGUCUGGAGGGACAGUACCACUGUUGCUCAAAGACGUCAGCCACUGCACAUUACCAUUUCAGCUGUGAAGCCUUUACAGUUAUGUAUUGUCUGUGAUUGUCUAGAUUUCCUGUUUACACGGAUGUAUAUUAGGGACAUGCUGUAGUGUGUGUGGACUACAGUCUAAGUCCUCUCUCCAACUGGGCUGCAGGGAGGCUUUCAAUCUCAAAUUCUGUUUUCAGCUCACUGGAAAUAAUUUACCUAGUUUCCCUAACUUAAGACGGGGGUGGGUUCUAGUCACAAGAUGGCUGCUUUUUACCAUGUAUUUUGUCUGACCCUCAUUUUGCCAUGGGCCUCAACCUUUAUGCCCCCUUUUUCAUGGUUCUGAAAAGAAUGGUUCCUCAGUACGGAAUAUACAAGGGACAAACACCACCCCUCACAUGCCCUAUAACCUAAAUGCUUCCCUUUAACUCAUUUACAUUAGUUUCCCCUUCAAGCAUGGGGGAUAGUGGAAAGAAGGUAUUAAUAGUUUGAAGUGUUGGCACAAUUAUGUGAGAACUUUCCAUUCCAAACCUUUACACCCGCGUUUUUUUUCUUCUCACUUAAUACUUGCCUAAACUUCUAAAAUCAGUGAAAGUAAAAUCAGAAAACUAUGGAAACAACUGAACUUUGCUACAAGCUAGUAUGAUGACAUGUGGUUAUUUGAGAUCUGUAAAAACUGUCAUUGUGAUUUAUCAGUCGUUAUUAAGAGCUGCAGAGAGAAUCUGGUGUGAUGCACUAUCCUUUUAGAGACUAAGGCCUUCACCUAGUUGUUUCCCCACCUUCGGCCAGAAAAGGAAUAUUCCUAUUCACCUCUGGGAAGGUACAGAUAACAGUGCUAUUAUUGAAUGGGGAUUACUUUCCUCAUGGCACAAGGGGAAACACUGCUGUAUAACCUUCAACAGUGAGGCUCUGCUAAGUGGCCAGACUUAGAAUUUGAUUUUCUCCAUUAUUUUUUAAGUUUCAGCCUUAUUCAAUAGCUCUAAUUGCAAUAGGUAUAGUUCGUUUAACUGUUAAAAAAAAAAUUCCUGUUAGAGCUGAGAGAAUUUCCUUUUUGUCAGUUUAUUAGUUUUUGGUCAAGAUUUAGACUGAGUCUUAUAGCAUUUCUUUGUGGAAUGCCCCACUCAAGUGUCUUUUCCAUCGGUUAAGUAUAUGUUUCGAGCUAUAAGUUUUACUAUAAGAUACUUUAUAAGACAGUUUUGCCCAACUUUCUGUGUCCAAGAUGUUUCCCCCACUCAGGGUGCUAAACAGAAUUGGAGUCUUUACUAAGAGAUGCUCAGGAAAGUUUCAAAAGAGAACAGGUUCAAAAUCCUUCUCCCUGUGACACUGAAUGAUAGAGAUGAAAGAAUUUUUGGGGAUUGCCAGUUAUAUACAGUAGCCUUAUUACUGCUAAUCACUGUCAAAAAAAAGGUCACUCUUUUCCCGUCUAUUUAAAAAAAACAGUGAGAAUGUAUCUAAUGAACUGAAUCUUGGUCAGUACUGGGGAAAUUUUAAUGUUGCAAUAUCUAAUCAAACUUUGAGUGUACUGGUUCUGUGAACCAUCUGGAAAAAAAGCAAAUUAAACUUAUUAAACAUAA